AUGGUCAGUUUCUGGGCGUACUGGUUCUCUGAAGAUUGGAUUUGUAGUAACACACAGAGCAAUUCUAGGUGCGGAAGGGAGCUGAACAACGGUAGCACGUAUUCGGGAGCGUAUGUUUUUCCUAGCUGGCAAAUCAAAUUGAACAGUUUUUGCGCCGUUUCUGGGUCGCAGUUGUUGCCAAUCUUGGAGAUGGUUUUCUUGAUCUUUGGAUCUUGUUGGACUUUCCAGCUUUUAAGCUCAAUCAGCACAUCCAACAGCUUGUUGUCUUUGGACACAUCGUUCACACAUUUGUCCAAAAGAGAGUCGUACAGCUCGUCAUUGAGCUUAUCGAGUCUGCGUUCGGAUCUGAGCAGACACAGCGCCGUCUUGAAAGCCUUACCUGAUCUCAACGUCUGCUCGCUUUCCGUGAUAAACUUGGAGCUUUGA